ACGAUGAUGUUCAGAAGACAAAUCCAAAGUCAUGGUGCAGAGCAUUCUACAGGUUGGGGCCGUGUUGUGAAGAUGUUGAAAAUAACUCGACGGAGUCUUUCAACAACACUAUUACGAAGGCUAGAGAUAUGCCAUUUGUGCCUAUGCUAGAGAGUAUAAGAAGACUUGCCAUGGCUCGCAUUGCAAAGCGAUCUGUUAUCUCUCAUUCUCACAAAGGGACGUGUACACCUUAUGUGACAGAUUUUCUUAAGGAAGAGAAGAAGGAUGCUUCGCUUUGCAAAGUUACAAGAAGCACCAACGGAAUGUAUGAAGUUAACCUGAUCACAACAGGGGCUCCAGACAUUCAUAUUCCACCUGAGCCAGACCAACCGGGGAGGAAGAAGGUCACUAAGGCCGACAAAAAAAGGAAGAAAGGUGUGAACGAGUCUCCAACCAAGAAGCAACCAAAACAUAAAAAACGGAUUAUGCAUUGUGGAAUAUGUGGCCAACCUGAUCACAAUUCGAGGUUCCAUACGAAAAAUAAGGUUUGUUUUACUCCUACUCAAGUUGCUUCUCAAAGAUGGAUUCACUAA